AUAUCCGAGGACCUCGCCGGCCAUGCAUCGACCAAUCUGGCCCCGGACCCUUCCACAAGGACUAGGGUUGAUACGGGCACAAUGUCGGAUUGUUAUCUCUAAGAGGAUCCGGAUAAUGUAUCUGUCACCAAUUCUGAAGUGGAGAGUGCAAUGAACCAUCAGCGGCGGAAAGAGGCCUUGCGCGACCCAAGUUUCACUGAAGAGGCGUUCAACGCCCUCAGCUCUGCGGAUGCAUAUAUCCGGGCUGCUCGGGAUGGACUUGCCAAAGCUACUCACCAGCUUUCUAAGGAUAUGCGGUUAUAUCAUCAGGUACUUAUGGCGAAAAAUAACACGCUGUCCAAGGAGCUUGAAGAUUGUCAGACCAAGUUAACUGUUGUUACCGCCGAACUGGAGAAUUUGAAAAAAUCCAAAAAGGCGCCUGAUGGAUUGGUAGAGCAGUUGGAGGAGAUGCUGAAGGUUGCUCAGGUGGACAAACAACAUGCCAAAGGGCAAGAAGCCGCUGGUCAACAUAUAUUGACACGGACCAUGAAUGAGAAGAACAAUAUGCAGGAUGCAAACAUCAAGCAAGCCAAAGAGCUAAAGGACGUGAGAGCCCAACUGUCGGAUGCCUUGAAGGAGAACAGUGUGUUAACUGGGCAGCCUGAGGGAGAAGUGUCCGGGUUUCGAGGCGACUUGCUGCAAGAGCUGUCCAAAGUGCACGAGCAAGCUCGGAAAGUAAUGAGGAACAUGGCUAAGGCUUUAUGUCCAUCCGAUUCCUCUCCAAGAAUGAUGGAGGAGCUUGCGGAUUUAUUCAAGGGAGCUCAUCUUCGUUUUGAGCUAUGGAAGGCAUCAGCAUGUCGAGAAGGUGCACAAGAAGCCCAGGCCAUGGUGAAAACGCGGUAUACCGGACUUGAUCCAAAUCAUAUGGCCCGGGUCAGACCUCGGGGACCAGAUGGAUGAGAAAUUCCUGUUAGCUUGGUGUAUGACCAAGUAAAUAUAGCCGUCAAAUUUUCACAACAGGACUGUAAACUAGACAGCCUGAUAGAUGAUAUAGAUAAAGAGUAGGCAUUUAAUUCCAUGUAACAAUGUACUUUAUCAUCAAAUUUAUCUCUGGCCAGAAUUUA